AUGCUUCCGCAGCGCCCAUCUGAAGCGGCAGCACCUGCGGCCAUGGCCCUCCUCGGCCUCCUGUCCCCCUCCCUCGUCGCCGCCGCAUUUCCUCCCGCGGCGGCGCCCGCGAAGAUAGAGAUCCGCGGGUUGACGCGGAGGGCGGCGAGCACGGGCGCGCUGAUCCUGGACGGCGUGGCGCUGCGCGUGGCGCGCGGGCAGCUGUUCGGGCUGAUAGGGCCGUCGGGCAGCGGCAAGUCCACGCUGCUGCGCGCCAUCAACCGCCUGUGGGAGCCCACACGUGGCACCGUGUGGGUGGACGGCUGUGACGUCACCACCAUGGACGUGCAGCAGCUGCGGCGCCGCGUGGGCAUGGUGUUCCAGAGCCCGCACCUCUUCCCUGGCACGGUGGCGGACAACGUGAGGUACGGGCCGGGGCUGCAGGGAGUGGCGGUUGGGGUGGAGGAGCAGCAGAGCCUGCUGCUGCGCGCCGGGCUCGACCCCUCCUCCGACUUCCUGCACCGCGCCGCCCACGAGCUGUCGGGCGGCGAGGCGCAGCGCGUGUCCAUCGCACGCGCCCUCGCCAACUCGCCCCAGGUGUUACUGCUGGACGAGCCCACGAGCUCACUGGACCCCACGGCCACGCGCAAGGUGGAGGAGACGAUAGAGCGGCUGCGGCGAGAGGAGGGGCUGACAGUGGUGUUGGUGUCGCACAGCAUGCCGCAGAUCGAACGCGUGGCGGAUGUCACCGCGCUGCUCAGUCAGGGCCGCGUGGUGGAGGUGGGGCCGCCGGGGGAGCUCAGGGAGAGUGAUAAUCCGGACGUUGCUAGCUUUUUCACUGGGGAGCUCAGCUGA